GUGGUCGAUAAAACAAAGAUAUCCUUUAUUGUACAUGUACUUAUUAACUGCCAUGUGCAUCAAUGGAAGGCAUGAGCAAAUGUGUCGAAUUAAGUGUAAAAUAUAUUUUAUUGCACGUGGGUCAUAGAAAUAAAUCAGUUACAAAGAUGUCAAUCGUGAGAGAUUAAACGAGGAUACGUAUAGGAGAUCGUAUUCAUAUGAUAUAAAUGAGAGCAGCGGACAAUGGUACGGAUCCGGUGGCGGCGUGAGCAGCGUCCGCAAACACUUUCCGGAAACCUGGCUGUGGCUGAACGAGUCUGUGAGCUCAACUGGCAGCGUGAACAUUGCUGAUAUGGUACCGGAUACCAUAACGACCUGGGUCGCCACGGGUUACGCCCUGAAUGAGAAAACUGGACUUGGUGUCGCUAAAGAGUCUGCCAACGUGACCGCCUAUCUGCCGUUCUUUGUCAGCCUACAUUUACCAUUCUCCAUCGUGUCCGGUGAGAUUGCUGUAAUUCAAGCCCUCGCCUUCAAUUACUUCCCGCACGACCUUUACGUAACGGUCAGGCUAAAGCCAUCUCCUAAACAGUUCGUGGGGCUGAUUGUGAACAAAUAUGGACAGGAGGAGGAACAAAAGGAGGACAUCGAACAUUGUAUUCUGGUUCGCGCAGACACAGUGGAGUCUGCCUACUUCAUGAUCAAACCCAAGACCGUCGGCACCAUUGACCUUACCGUGGAGGCUCUGACCACGAGGGGCCGUGACGUCAUCCAGAGGCAGCUCAUCGUUAAGCCUCCCGGAUUGCAAGAACAAGUCAACGUUGCCACGUUUAUCUCCUUGACAACGAACGGCAAGUUCGAGAAGGAAGUCCCGGUGGUGUACCCACUCCGUAUUGUACCCGGCUCGCAGAGGGUCCAGGUGUCGGUCAUUGGUGACCUCUUUGGCCCGUCGUUAGAACACUUGGACCACCUUCUACAGAUGCCAUACGGCUGCGGGGAGCAAAACAUGGUGCGCUUCGCACCCGCCGUGGCCGCUGCAACCUAUCUGAAGGCCACCAGUCGCCUGUCAGAGACUCUUCAGCGGAGGGUUAUAGAAAUCAUGGAAACAGGUUACCAAAGGCAACUGACGUAUAAGCACUCCAACGGCUCGUACAGCGCGUUCAGUCACGAGAAUGGCAGUUUGUGGCUGACGGCGUUCGUGCUUAAGUCGUUCGCGCAGGCACGGAAGUUUGUCUACAUCGACCAGGUGGUUGUGGAGACGGGGGUACGGUUCUUACUGGAUCACCAGAACCAGGACGGCAGCUUCCGGGACUCCGGCUUCGUGCAUAACAAGGCGUUGCAGGGGAGUUCGGCCUCGACAAGCAAGUCACUGGCCAGCUUUAUCCUGAUAACGUUGAAGGAGAUCAUAGACUCUGCGGUUAUGGAAAACAAGACCCUCACAGCAGAAGUGGGUCACGCCAUUCUGCGCACGUGGACGCACCUGUCGGCGGCGGCGGAACGGAUGACGGGCGACUACGAGAUGGCGAUCACCGCUUACACCCUGGCGCUCAUGGGGAAGGGUGGCCACGACGAACUGCUGGGACGACUCGAGAAGAGCCGCAGCGCUAGAGGCGACGGGGACACGCGAUUCUGGGAACAUUCUGUGAAAAGUCAGGAAAUCGAGAUAGCGGGUUACGCUCUGUUGGCAUACGCGCGACUGAGAGACACCGCGCGGGGACUUCCGGUACUUCGGUGGCUGGUGAAGCAGAGGACGCCUUAUGGUGGCUUUUUAUCAACACAGGACACGGUCGUGGCACUCCAAGGCCUUGCAGAGUUUGCGAUCUUGACCUACAGCAAGGACGUUUCCAUGUCGAUAACCAUCGACGAUACGGCCUCCGUUCAUAACGUCACCAUCAAUUCCGACAACAUGGAUGUCUUGCAAAUACUCGAGGUUCCACCGGAAGCGCGUGCUGUUACGGUGAAGGCGGUGGGCAGAGGGCUGGCACUCAUAGAGAUGUCUGUGUUUUACAACGUUUUAACUGAAGAGAGGAGCUCCAACUUCGACCUCCGGGUAACUACCAACUCCACGGACGCACAGAGAUUUGAGUUGAACGUUUGCGCUAGGUGGUUAGGUUCAGACGACAGCGGCAUGGUUCUUAUGGAGAUGGCCUUCCCGUCCGGGUUCGAGCCCGAGCCCAUCCGUGUCCAGCAUCUUGACGAGGUCAAGAUAGAGGAAAACUACGUCGUGCCGGACCGACGGGAAAUGGACCAUGGACACCUGGUUCUGUACUAUAACAAGAUGACGUCAGACCUGCAUUGUUACCAGGUUAAGGUUCAACGGAAAUCCAUAGUUGUUAAACCACAACCCGUGCUGGUACGAGUGUAUUCGUACUACGAUACAGACCACAAAGCCUCUGCACUGUACAUCCCCACGUAUCUCAAGAAGCCCGGAGUUUGUGACUUAUGCGGCUACGAGUGUGGCUGUGGGUACAAUCCAGACGCUGUACCCCAGGAGCGGUGUGGGUUCAGCUCGACAAUGAGGCACACCUAUCCCCAGCAAGAGAUGUUCCCGCAGCCCCAGACUGCCAUACAUCCCCAUAUGGCUAUGUACCCCCAGCCUGCGGCCUCGCCCCUCGUCCCGGGCAGAUAUGUAGAGAACAUAACCUCCUUCUCGAACUUCACCCAGCGCCUGCGUCCGAACAUGUGGCGGAGGGGGCAGACUGUCCCAGUUUCAAUUACCAGACGUUUGGAUGAGGUACCAGUUCACCGUACAGUAAGCGUCCAGAAUUCGGGACCACCAAUGAAUGUCGAUCCAGCUUUUGGCCUUUACCCUACUGCUUUCUCCGGCUUUCCGGGUAUGCCCAACGGGUACUCGAGACAAAUAAGCACCAGGGGACAGACGCCCAUAUUCGAUAUGAACUCUGUCCUAGGUAAGUCUAAUCGUGCCAUCCCUUCCGGCUUUCCGGACAUGACCGGGUUCUCGAGACGAAUACGUACCAGGGGAGAGACGCCCAUAUCUGAUAUGAACUCUGUCCUAGCUAACUGGGGUCCCGUGUAGGUUCUGCGUCAUUAAUUAAGAUCUUCGAAUGAGCGUGUUUAUUUUACACAGGCAACAUACACGCAGAAGUUAGUGAUGGUAUUAUUUUUAUAGAUACACUAAAACUGUGCAUGGAACUGUGCAUGUUCCAUGCACUAGAGAACGAACAUAGUACAUGUUUAUAAUAUUAAGGUAAAUCUUUUAUUUUUUAUUGUAUUCGCAGAUAAGUAUGUACCACAGGAAAGCUGUGAUAUGAAGGUUAUGUUUGACCUUUUUAUAUACCACACAAUCUGUAAUAUAAUAUCGAGGCAAACCAGACUGAUAAAAUUAUAAUGCUCGUAUAGAUGUUAACAAAACGUGAAAUAAGUUGUAAUGUUAAUGUAUGACUAUGUAUUACUGUUAAC